AUGACACAAGCCGGAACAGACCACGAAACGCCCAAGCUUAUUGUUGAUGCCCAUGUGAAGUACAUCCAGAGCUUGGAUACGAGGAAAGAUGAGCUAGACUACUGGCUCACCGAGCACUUGCGACUCAAUGGCCUGUACUGGGGACUAAAUGCUCUCUACUUGCUUCGCCGACCAGAUGCUCUCCCACGACAAGAUGUUAUCGAUUUCAUCCUCUCUUGUCAGCAUGAAAACGGUGGAUUUGGUGCUGCACCAGGUCAUGACGCUCACAUGCUCUCCACAGUAAGUGCUGUGCAGAUUCUCGCCAUGACGGAUGCUUUCGACCAGUUGGAAACCAAAGGCAAGGGCAAAAACCAGGUUGGCAAGUUCAUCGCAGGGCUGCAAAACCGGGAGAAUGGCACAUUUGCUGGAGAUGAAUGGGGCGAGGAAGAUACUCGCUUUCUAUACGGCGCUUUCAAUGCUCUCUCCCUGCUCGGCCUCAUGUCUCUAGUUGAUGUUGAUAAGGCCGUCUCUCACAUCACUGCUUGCGCCAAUUUUGACGGCGGCUAUGGAACUGGUCCCGGUGCGGAGUCGCAUUCAGGCCAAAUUUUCACCUGUGUCGCAGCGCUUGCAAUUGUCGAUCGCCUGGAUCUUGUGGACAAAGAGAAACUCGGCCGAUGGUUGAGCGAGAGACAAGUUCCUUGCGGCGGUCUUAACGGUCGCCCUGAAAAAGACGAAGACGUUUGCUACAGCUGGUGGGUGUUGAGUAGUCUUGCUAUAAUCGAGCGCACCCACUGGAUUGACCGCGAUGCGUUGGCCACCUUCAUUUUGAAAUGUCAAGACACUGAGAUGGGCGGAAUCUCUGAUCGGCCUGGUAAUAUGGUCGAUGUUUGGCAUACCCAGUUCGGGCUGUGCGGCCUGAGCCUUCUGGGUUAUCCGGAUCUCGAGGCAGUCGAUCCAGUGUACUGUAUGCCAAAGACCAUAACAAAAAGACUUAUCGGUUGA